AUGUCAAGUUUACCUAUAAGAUCGCUUUGGACACUUUAUCUUGUCUCUAAACAACUUAUGCUUACACAUGGUGAUUUAAUUGAUUCCAUCGAUCAAGUUCUGAAUGAAUGCAGCUCAGUUAUAAGCUUUGAAAGCGAAUAUGAAAAUAUCCAACAAAUUGCCCAUAAGCAGUUUUUAGCACAAACAAAAUUGCAAAGUCCAGGAGCAAAUAAAUCAAAGAUUGGGACUUUUGAUUGUAAAAUAUUGCGAUAUAUAGCAAAAGUUUUCCAGAUUUUAUUCCCUCCUAAGAAAUCUCUGAGAAGAGGACUAGCUUUUUUAUUAUUAAUUUUACUAUUGAACUAUCUAUUCGAUGACAGAAACUUUAUAAUCGUUGGAGUUGUGAGCAUUUUGACCUUGAUUUUUAUAAAAAUAUUUUUCACUUAUGAUAAGCCGACACAGAAUCAAGAGCUAAUGGAAAACUUUUCGUUUAUUGAGAAUGGAUCAUUUGUAGAAUGCAGUCAAAUCUCUCUGAACCCUGGAGAUAUCAUUUUAGUAGGAUAUAAAGCUUAUAUCUUUAAAAAAUUGAGUUUGUCAAGCACCAAACAUAAAAAACUGAAACCCCACAAUAAAGAGACAGCUCAGCUGAGGAUUAUAAUUUUCAAAAGAACAAGUUAGUUAGUUAGUUUUAAAUGGCCAUACGUAGGCGAAUCAGUGGAUCACAGCACCUCAGCUCGAAAGACAACUUCAGGUCGGGUUCUGAUUCGACCACACUCCCAGGCCCGACGCCAUCUUGAUUUCUGGUCUGAGCCACCUGUCCAGAGGAUCAGCUCCUUUGGACAGAACCACUGACCCGACGGUCCAGAUGAGGGAAAUCCAUGUGGUAGGCAAAACCUGUCUAGCCCAUCUGGCAGGGACAGAAAAACCUUCGGGAGAGAAAUAAAACUUCCUUUUCGGCAUGGCUUCCCCACCUCUGAAGGCCUACUUAAGACAGGGAACGAGGCCCUAUAUUUCAGUUUCAUCAGAAAUGGGCCCUACCAGUCCAUAUGAGGUGGCCUCGGAGUCCUAUUUCCGUCAACGUCACCAUUUUAUUUCUCAAAAGAACAAGGAAUUGUUUUAACUCUGAAAAUAAAAUACACUUAUCUGAGAACUUCGCAGAAGACCUAAUAAAAGCUGAAAUGGAAUUUGAGUCGUCCUUUAGCUUAGAAACUUUUUCUCUGCUAAUUCAGCUCUAUGCAUAUGCAGUAAAAUUUUAUGAAAAUAUAAAAGAAUCCAAAAGAAAGUUCUUUAAGCACCGCCUACAAUCUUUAUUGUCAAAAAUAGACUUGACGAAGCUCUCUCAAUUCCAUUUUCAGUAUUUAGAAGAUGAAAACCAAAAACAGCACAGAUCACAUGCAAAACAAAGAAAAUUAAAGCAGGAAAAUCAUCCAUUUGACGACAUUUGUGUUAAUUAUGGAUCUUCUAAUCACGGAGCUAUAGUAAUUCAUGAAAUUAAAGCGGAAGAAGCAAUUGCAAGACAUCACAAAAACAAUAAAUCAAUUUGCAGUAGAGUUCAAGAAAACAUGAAAAAUCAAUCUGAAGACUUAAGCAUGAGAAUUGGCAAAAGAAAGCGGACUUUAUUGAACCAAUCGUUUAGCCUCAAUAUGUCUAAUAUAUCAGACAGAUCAGAUCUAGAAGAUUUUGAGGUGAAAUUCGAGCUUUAUCAAAUAGAACUUGAAAAAAUGAUGGAUCAGUUCGUUGAUAAAGCUAUAAAUAAAGCUCUAGAAAUUAAGACCAAAUAUAAAGAAGUAUUGAAAAACCUAGAGAGCAUUGAAAAUGUGCUAAUUCAAACUAAAAGACGUGUAGAGACAGAAAGGGCAAUGCAGCAAGAAAUUGAUGAAGUGAAUAAGAAAAUUGAUGAGGAAAAAAAGCAAGCAAUUUUGGAGCUCAGACAAAAAUUCAAAUUAAUAUAA